UUUUAGAGCGGACCAAACCGGAUGAAGGUCGCGCGCCCUCUUCCGCCCGUGUGCCGGUUCACAAAGACCCCUCUUCUAAGUGGGGUGGGUACGCGUCGUCCUUUUGCGCAGGCGCGCGGUGUGAGGUCCACGCUCGCCUCUAUGCCGGCAGGGCACGCCUCGCGGGUCCGCGCCUUGUAUCGGCGCAUCUUGCUGCUGCACCGGGGUCUGCCCCCAGACCUUAAAGCCCUUGGUGACCAGUACGUGAAGGACGAGUUUAGGAGGCAUAAGACCGUUGGUUCUGACGAGGCCCAGCGUUUCUUGCAGGAAUGGGAGGUGUAUGCAGCAGUGCUAUGGCAACAAACUAACGAAAACAGACAAAAUUCAACAGAAAGAGUGUGUUUUGGAGUUGCCCUACCAGAAGAAAAACUUAAUGACUUUCGUGAUGAACAGAUUGGACAGUUGCAGGAGCUGAUGCAAGAAGCUACUAAACCUAACAGACAAUUUAGUAUUCCUGAAUCUAGGAAACCAGAAUUUUAGUCUAUACAAUAAAGCUUACACAUUUUAAGUUCAGAACCCCUUACUGGGUUUCUAAAAAUGUAUUUCUUCAGCUUUUAGGUUUUGUGAAUGCCUGGUGUUCAUGAAAUAUUCUUUAAUUUGGGGUUGUUAUUAAUGUUGUCUACAAUAUGUAGAUCAAUAUGGCUAGUAAAGCGUUAUAUGAUUGAAGUAACAGUACUUGCUGGAUGGGAUUUGAUUUUUUAAGUACAUAAGAAGGAAUGACUUUAAAAUGGACAAAGUUGUGGAAUUUUGCCAAAAGGUUUUUUUGUAUGUAAAUUUAAUGCUGUUUUUGUUCAAGCAUUAGCCUCAUGGCUUUAGCUUCAACAGACAAGUAUGUUAUGAUAAUGACAGAUGUGGAGUUCCAACAAGGUUAUUAUUUACAUACAUGGAUUGUCAUCCUGAAAGUUCCUUCCUUUCUCUUUUAAUAAUACAUGUAUGAUUAUUCAUGUAAAUAUGCCUUCUCCCUGAGUCACUAUUUAUAUACAAUGAAAGAUUAAAAAGAAGCUUAAAGAGUCAGUAUUAUACACUAUAUAAUCUAUCAUGCAAAUGAUAGUAUAAUGUUUGUACAGUGUUUGGUAGUAACAAAUGACCCCUUAAAUUAUGUAAUUUAUAGUUAUCUUGAGAAUCUCAUUUAUUGCCUCAUCAUUGGGGAGAUAAAAACACUUUCAUAAAUUUGUCGUAAGUUAUAAACUGAAAUAAUCAAGUGGUAAUCCCAUUCAUGUGUUUAAAAUGUUUAAUUUUUUAAAAAUUACUUGUGGGGCACUUGGGUGGGUCAGUCAGUUAAGUGUCCAACUUCGGCUCAGGUUAUGAUCUCACGGUUCAUGGGUUCGGGCCCUGUGUCACACUCUGUGCUGACAGCUCGGAGCCUGGAUUGUGUCUCCCUCUUUCUCUGUCCCCCCACCCCUUGCUCACACUCUAUCUCUGUCUCUCAUAAAUAAGUGUUUAAAAAAGUAAAUAAAAAUUACACACUUAUAA